GCCUGACCAUUGCCACUAUGGUCAACAUUAACGAGCUCCCGGAGAACAUUCUGCUGGAGCUGUUCACCCACGUCCCCGCCCGCCAGCUACUGCGUAACUGCCGGCUGGUCUGCAGCCUCUGGCGAGACCUCAUUGAUGUGGUGACUCUGUGGAAGCGCAAAAGCCUGCAAGAGGGCUUCAUCACCAAAGACUGGGACCAGCCCGUGGAGGACUGGAAGAUCUUCUACUUCCUGCGCAGCCUGCAGAGGAAUCUCCUUAGGAACCCGUGUGCCCCAGAGGACAUGAACUCAUGGCAGAUAGACUCCAACGAGGGGGAUGAGUGGAAGGUGGAGAGUCUCCCUGGGGAGCAUGGCAAGAACUUUCCUGACUCCAGGGUCAAGAAGUAUUUUGUCACCUCUUUCGGCAUGUGCCUCAAGUCCCAGAUGAUAGACCUUAAAGCUGAGGGCUAUUGGGAGGAGCUGAUGGACACCUUCCGGCCUGAGAUUGUGGUUAAGGACUGGUUCGCCCCCAGAGCGGACUGUGGCUGCACCUAUCACCUCCGGGUACACCUGACCUCAGCCAACUACAUUGUCUUGGCCUCCUUUGAUCCUCCACCUGUGACCAUCGAACAGUGGAAUGAUGCCACAUGGAAGGAGGUCUCCCACACCUUCUCUGAUUACCCUCCAGGCGUCCGCCAUAUCUUUUUCCAGCAUGGGGGCCAGGACACCCAGUUCUGGAAAGGCUGGUAUGGCCCCCGUGUCACCAACAGCAGCAUCAUUAUCAGCCACAGACCAGCCAAGAACCCCGCCCCUGCCAGACCUCUGCCGGAAGACUGUAGUAAUAGAAGGAAAACAUCCAGCUUUGGAUCCAGAAAGCCUCUUGGACUUUUUCUGACAGCCAUCUGCCUCCUCCUUUGCGGGGGUCCGCUUUGCAAAUCAAAGCCUGGCAAGAGCUUAGUGGGCAGUCAGGUCCCCAGUCCCAUGAGCACCUGCCCUGCAGCCUCCAGCAAACCCAUCAACUCAGUGGUGAUUUUACAGCCACACAGCUUUGACAUUUUGUUGUAAUAAAUGUUUUCAGUAAAUCCAAA